AUGGAAGGAGCAAAUCGCUCUGUGGUGUCAGAGUUUGUGUUCCUGGGGCUCGCCGGCUCCUGGGGUCUCCAGCUGCCGCUCUUCCUCUUCUCCUCCGUGCUGUAUGUGGCCAGCAUGGCAGGGAACGCCCUCGCUGUCCUUGCGGUGGCCUUGGACUCUCACUUGCACUCCCCUAUGUACUUCCUGUUGGCCAACCUCUCCUUCAUUGACUUGGGUGUGUCUUCUGUCACUUCCCCCAAGAUGAUCUGCGACCUUUUCAGAAGACACAAGGUCAUCUCCUUCAGAGGCUGUGUCGCUCAGGUCUUCUUCAUCCAUGUCAUUGGUGGUGUGGAGAUGGUGCUGCUCAUGGCCAUGGCCUUUGACCGGUACGUGGCCAUCUGCCGGCCCCUGCACUACCUGACCAUCAUGAGCCCCCGGCUGUGUGCCUGCUUUCUAGGGGCCGCCUGGGUGGUGGGCCUUGUGCACUCAGCGGUGCAGCUGGCUUUUGUAGUGAAUUUGCCUUUCUGUGGUCCUAAUGUGCUGGACAGCUUUUACUGUGACCUUCCUCGGCUCAUCAAACUCGCCUGCACAGACACCCACCGACUGGAACUCAUGGUCUCAGCCAACAGCGGCUUCAUCUCCGUGGGCACCUUCCUCAUCCUGAUGGCUUCCUACGCUGUCAUCAUAGUCACGGUCCAGAAGCAGGCGUCGGCCGGCUCUGCCAAGGCCCUGUCCACACUGUCAGCUCACAUCACGGUGGUCAUCUUGUUCUUUGGCCCUCUGAUGUUCUUCUACACGUGGCCAAGUUCCUCCACACACCUGGAUAAGUUUCUGGCCAUAUUUGAUGCCCUUGUCACUCCUUUUCUGAAUCCUAUCAUCUACACACUCAGGAAUCAAGAGAUGAAGGUGGCCAUGAGGAGAGCCUGCAGACAGCUGCUGCGUUACAGGAAGAUCUCUUAAGUGACCUUGUGACCAUCGUCACUGAGCAAGGGAGUUCACUGCAUGUCAAACUCAGGGCUAUUCUUUCUUUU